UUUGUGACAUCCUCAUCCCUCUGCCUCACUUUAAUCUCUGCAAGGUUUUGAGGAAGCUGGUUUGGCUGGAGGCUGACUUGAAAUACCACCAAGCAGCUCCCUUUGGGUUGGUCAAGGCUUUGCUUCUUCAGCCUUUGGCCCCUCCUUGGACCAGCCAUGAUUCACAGCCUCUUCCUGAUUAACUCGUCUGGAGACAUCUUCCUAGAAAAACACUGGAAAAGCGUCGUCAGCCGCUCAGUUUGCGACUACUUUUUCGAGGCUCAGGAGCGGGCUUCAGAGGCGGAAAACGUGCCCCCUGUGAUCUCAACCCCCCACCACUACCUCUUAAGUGUUUAUCGGCACAAGAUCUUCUUUGUGGCUGUGAUCCAAACAGAGGUGCCCCCUCUUUUUGUCAUCGAGUUUCUCCACCGGGUUGUGGAUACUUUUCAGGAUUAUUUUGGGGUCUGCUCUGAGGUCAUCAUAAAGGAUAAUGUGGUGGUGGUCUACGAAGUGCUGGAAGAGAUGCUGGACAAUGGGUUCCCACUGGCUACAGAAUCCAACAUCCUGAAAGAGUUAAUCAAGCCACCUACUAUCCUCCGGACAGUUGUCAACACCAUUACAGGCAGCACCAACGUUGGGGAACAGCUUCCCACAGGGCAACUCUCUGUGGUUCCGUGGCGCCGGACUGGGGUGAAGUACACCAACAACGAGGCCUAUUUCGAUGUGAUUGAGGAGAUAGAUGCCAUCAUUGAGAAAUCAGGUUCUACAAUUACCGCUGAAAUACAAGGGGUCAUUGAUGCCUGUGUGAAACUGACAGGGAUGCCAGACCUCACCCUCUCUUUCAUGAACCCCAGGCUGCUGGAUGACGUCAGCUUCCACCCCUGCGUGCGAUUCAAGCGCUGGGAAUCUGAACGUAUCCUCUCUUUCAUCCCUCCAGACGGGAACUUCCGCUUGCUCUCUUACCAUGUCAGUGCUCAGAACCUGGUGGCCAUCCCAGUCUACGUGAAGCACAAUAUCAGUUUUCGAGACAGCAGCUCGCUGGGCCGCUUCGAGAUCACAGUGGGACCCAAGCAGACGAUGGGGAAGACCGUUGAGGGGGUGAUGGUCACCAGCCAGAUGCCCAAAGGUGUCCUGAACAUGACUCUCACGCCUUCCCAGGGGACGCACACCUUUGAUCCCGUCACAAAGAUGCUGACGUGGGAUGUGGGGAAGAUCAACCCACAAAAGCUGCCCAGCUUAAAGGGGACGAUGAGCCUUCAGGCAGGAGCCUCCAAGCCCGAUGAGAACCCCACCAUCAACCUACAGUUCAAGAUCCAGCAGCUGGCUAUUUCUGGUUUGAAAGUGAACCGUCUGGACAUGUACGGAGAGAAGUACAAACCUUUCAAGGGCAUCAAGUACAUGACCAAGGCUGGGAAGUUCCAGGUCCGGACCUAAGAGUGCCCCUGGCCAAGUGAAGAAGACGUGAGUGUGCCCUCGCUACCUGAUCCGUCUCUGAUCCUGCUGUCAGUCUCCUGAAUCUGGACAGGGCAGAGUCUUUUUUGCACUGGGUGAGCCAAGCGCCGCCUCCACCUUUUGUUAAAUUUCGGACAAGAUGGAAGAGUCCUCAAGAGAGGACAGUGAGAGGCUUGUCUAUCGGUUCUUCAGCGACCACAAAUCCUGCCCUCUUUCUUCUUCUGGUUGCCAUUUCCUUGUGUCUUAGCCAACUAGAGUUUCUAUGAACACAUGUUCGGAGAUGUUCGGGAUCCAAGGCUGCUGGUAUACAGAGUCCUCAACAAUUUCCAAACACAAAUUCUAAAAAGCUAGCUGAAGAAGGCUUUGACUUGGCAUCUUUAUUAAUUCAGUAAUAUUUAUGGGUCUGGUAAGAGGCUGAAAGAAAGCAAAAGUUUGCUUAGAGGACUGAAGGUAGUUCAAAAGAGGCUCCUCAGCCCAUUCACUCAUUUCAAACCUUGUCUAGGUCAAACAGGUUUUGCAAGGUUGAGGACCAUGUUUUGACAACUGCCCGGCCUGCCUGUUUACCCAAAAAGGUCUGAGCAUGUGUGCCUCUGGCAACAUCAGCCUCUAUCAUGCCAUCUUCGACUCUCUGAAAAGCCCAAUGUUUUUUUCAGCAGGGAGGGGUGGUGCGAAGACUGCUUACUGAUUUCUAUUUCAUGAUUGUCACAGGAGAUAUCUGGCUAAAGGAAGGGAGGGGUAAAAUCUUGGGACUUAAAAGUUUGUAAUUGCGGCUGCUUCUCCACAGCUCCUCCUCACACAUACAAUGGGCCUCCUUCCUUGCAUGUGUUGAUUCAGUAUAAACAGAAUGUUGCUCUAUAUCAGGUAUGGACAAACCCAGGCCCAGGGGCCAGAUGCAACCCCUUUGGCUCUUUUCUCAGCCCCCCCCCCCUCUCUUACACCAUCCUACUCUUCCUUCCUUCUCUCUUUCCUUCCUCC